UGUCGCCCCAUCCCUUCCCUUCUCUUCUCUUCUCUUCUCUUCCAAUGCCCAUCCCUCUUUCCCUCUUCAAAAUCCAAAUCGAUUAUCAAAAUUCGAAAUCCUACAAUUAGGGUUUACGUUUUUCGCACAGUGAUUCCUGAUUAAUUCCUCUUCGUUUUUGCUUAAACUUCAAUUUACCGACAUGGACGGAGAUGGAGGCGGCGGUUCAGCCCCGUUGCCGGUGCCGACGCCGAUGUCAAACUCGACUGCGCCGCCACCGUUUCUGAGCAAGACGUAUGACAUGGUGGAUGACCCUGCAACGAACUCGAUAGUGUCUUGGAGCGCAACCAACAACAGCUUCGUGGUUUGGGAUCCACCGGAAUUUGCAAGGGACCUCUUGCCUAAGUACUUCAAGCACAACAACUUCUCCAGCUUCGUCAGGCAGUUGAAUACAUAUGGUUUCAGGAAGGUUGAUCCUGAUCGAUGGGAAUUUGCAAAUGAAGGCUUUUUGAGGGGUCAAAAGCACUUGCUCAGGAGUAUAACUCGACGUAAACCUGCCCAUGGCCAGACUCAACAGGCUCAACAACCACAUGGACAGAGUUCAUCAGUAGGGGCAUGUGUAGAAGUUGGGAAGUUUGGGCUUGAGGAAGAGGUUGAGAGGCUUAAAAGAGACAAGAAUGUGCUCAUGCAAGAGCUUGUGAGGUUGAGACAGCAGCAACAGACCACUGAUAGCCAGCUGCAAACAAUGGUUCAACGCCUUCAGGGAAUGGAGCAACGACAACAGCAAAUGAUGUCAUUCCUGGCCAAAGCUGUCCAGAGCCCUGGCUUCUUUGCUCAGUUUGUACAGCAAAAUGAGAGCAAUAGGCGCAUAUCUGAAGUCAGCAAAAAGCGCCGGCUCAAGCCGGACGGCAAUGCUGAAACAGAGCGUGCUGCUGCACCUGAUGGACAAAUUGUUAAAUAUCAACCUCUGAUUAAUGAAGCUGCAAAAGCAAUGCUAAAGCAGAUUAUGAAAUGGGAUACUUCUCGUGUAGAAUCUUUUAAUAAGAACCCCAACAAUUACUUGAUUGGUGAUGACUCAUCAUCCGGUGCAAUGGACAGUAGCAGCUCUUCAAGCUGGACUUCUGGAGCAACUCUUCAAGAGGUUCCUCCAGCUUCAGUGCAGCCUUCUCACAUUCCAGAUUCUACAGGGACUCAAGCACAUAUUCCCUCCGCUGAGAAACCUGUAAUUGUAUCUGUACCACAAGCUGCUGUUUCCGAAAAAGUUAUAAAGAACAGAGCACAUGAGGCGCCUACAAUGCCUGUUUCUCAAGCAGAUGUGAUCAUGCCUGAUAUAUCGUCAAUACCAACAGAGAUAGUGCCAGGAAGUAUUCUUGAUAUUCCUGAAGAAAAUUACACGGCUCCUGAGAAAGAUGAGGGAUAUAUGGAUCCUACUUCACUGGGAGUUGAUGAAUUUCCCUUUGAUUUUGAAGGUAUUUCACCUGAUGGAGACAUUGAUGACUUAUUAGGCAAUUCUUCUCUUUGGGAUGAUCUUUUGCGAUCGCCAAUUCCAGAGGGUAUCGAGACGGAUGUUGCUGAAGUAUCCCAAGGGAAUAAGAUGCAGCCAACCGAAAAUGGAUGGGACAAAAAACAUAUGGAUCAACUUACAGAGCAGAUGGGUCUUCUUUCUUCUGAUACAGAAAGAGUUUGAUAGGCUAUGAAAUUUUUAUUAAUGUUUCAUAUUACCCAAGGUAAUUUAAUCCCUGACCCAAUCAAUACACAAGUGAUGUCUAUAAUAUAGUUACCCUCACUUGCUCACUGAUAAAGCGGAAGCUUCUCAUUUGGUCUUUCUUGGGCAUAGUUUGUGCAUUCGAGACGUAAAUCUACUUUUCUUUUUUGUGCAAUUGCAUUGACAUUUGCUUGGACUUCAUGUUGAGAACAAGUUAUGAACUUAGGGCCUUGUCAUGACAUCCUUGUGAAGUGUUUGUCGUUUCCCUGAUCAGUGCUUCCAAUGUUAUAGGAAAUCUGUGAAAGUUGAUACAUGUGAAUAUGAUCUUGCACUUUCCCCCUCGAUCUUCAUGUUUCCUUGGUGAGGGGGAAAUAGGAAAAAGAGAAGACUUGUGUAUGAUUGCUCAAGGUGUCUGAGAAAUGCACGUUGGUUCUUGUUUGGAAGAUUUACUUCAUGAACAAGGAUGGAGGCAAUGUGAUUACAAUGUUAAGCUGCAGGGUGUUUUGUUCCUCUUAUGUUUCAAUUGAUGGAAAAAUAUGACAUGCAAGGGAAUUGAAUUGAAUGUCAUUUGUUAUGGAAUGGAACUAACUUGUUUCUUUAUCGUUAUACCAUUUGAUCAACUCAAACUACAGAAUGGAAAUGUUCUUUCUGAGUUAUCAUAAAUUAUUCAAAUAUAUGACGGUACGACAUUUUAUUUUAUUU